CACUACACGUCUCACCGUGACAACCCAUACAACUAGCCCAACCACAACACGUCUCACCAUGAUAACAGAUCCAACUAACUCAGGCACUGUGGGUACAAGAACGGUAACUAAUCCUACUACCCCGGCAACAGCAAGUAUCACCAUGGCUACCGAUCCUACAUCCCCACCAACUGCAUAUAUCACCAUGGCAACUAACCCCACUAUCACCCCAAGUAUCACCAUGGCAACCGAUCCUACAUCCCUGUUUACUACAAGUAUCACCCUGACAACUGAGUCCAUCAUCCCGGCCACUACCAGUAUCACCAUGGCAACUGAUUCCACUUCUCCGACUGCUGCAAGUAUUACCAUGGAAACUACCGCGACUUACCCAGCAAGCAGGCUUACGGGAACAUCACUUCCUACUACUGGAGAAGCUCCGUCCUCAGCAGCAACAGGCACAGCAUCCUCCACUGCACAAGGUGUAACAAGUACACCCACAGCACCAUCUCAAACGACCACUUUUUCAACAACCGCCGUGGCGACUUUUGUUGGAGGCUCUUCUGGGAUCAGAGACAUAUGUCCGUGUUUGGUCUGCGUUGAAACUAAAUCAAUGAUAGAGACACAGCGCUUUGUUGACGCCAUUUUACUACUCCUGAAAUUAGACAAGUCGAAACUGUCAGCUACCAGAAGAAAGCUGAAGUCAGAACCGGAUGACAGACCUUCAGCACAGGCAAUUGGCUACUCCGGAAUAAUUUUCAUCGUCAUCACAUUCAGUUUCUUUGUCCUCAAUGAUCUGAUGCGACUUUGUCAGCUUUGGUCGGGCAGAAACACUCAAAUACCGAUCAGGAACAAAACUGCUUGAGGAGUGAAUAUGUAUUUUAUGAAGGACCUAGUCCUCUGGUGGGACACACUGCAAAGGCAAGUUAACAACACACCUGAAAACAAAAGCACCUGGACAUCUGGUACAAGUCAGAACGGAGCACUGCAUCGGAUACAAUCUUCGUCAAGGAAGAGUCAACCUUCCCUAUGUUUUCGAAACGUUUUAUCAUAACUUUCGAUUCACGAAAUUUACUUUCAAGAAAAUAGUUAGGAAUCUGAAUAUUUUUGGUGAGUCCCUUUCAGUCUCAACACAUUUACCACAUCCUUUAAACAUUGUCAUAUAU